AUGAAUACGAAAAAAGUAAGAACUUUUCUGCAGGUGAUCAAUGUGUCACGAAACUGGUUACAAAGUGCUCGGCCCGGCUCGCUGUCGCGAUGUAGCGCUGCUGCAGCGGAGCAGCUAAUAAUUUACGAUCUGAGUGACAAUCGUAUCAGAACUAUUGCCAGCGACGAUUUGAAGCAGCUUGUCGCAGUGCGACAACUUUUAAUCGCAAAUAAUCAGAUUGAAAAUAUCAAUCGUCAGGCACUUAGCGCCUGCGCACUGUUGCAGUACUUGCAUCUUGGUAAUAACAGUAUCGAGGAAAUACCCGCACUGCCAGAAACAUUAAUUUCUGUGAAUGCUGCUACGAAUCGUUUGAGUAUUAUUCCACAGGCGAUUGCUAAUCUGCCGAAUUUGCUAUCUCUGAAUCUGAGCGGCAAUGCUAUCGACGCAAACACUCCUUUCCCUGUCAUUAGCCCUGCGCUGCAAACUGCUGAUCUCAGCCACAAUCGACUGGAAUUUAUUCCGGAAAAUCUGUUUUCAAGCAGUUCACAGCAACUGCGACAUUUAUUGCUCAGCUAUAAUAGGAUUACACAGUUGGAGCCGGCAUUUUUUCAGAACUAUUCACAGCUGCUGACGAAAUAA